UUUCAACCCCCAUAUUGUAAAUUCCUGAAUCUUCCUGACCCUUCUUUGAUGUGUGACAAUAAAGGCAAAAGAACAGAGAUGGCCCGGCACAGACGACCCCAGACUUUCAGGGAGUAGAAGUUCUCCGUUUGGGUUUAUCCUCUGUCCUUUUCUAUAGAACAGUCUAAACAUGUGUUGUGUGGUUUUUGUUCUAGGAUAAAAGGGGUUAUCUUUAAUAACCCUAACAGCCUGGUGCCGUGAUGCGGAUCCCAACAUAUCAGCUCGCUGACGAGAGGAGCAACGCGCUGAAACCCACCGGUGGUCUGAGUUAAGGACCUGUCUAAAGUCCCGGGAGGUAAUUUCCUCGCUGGGCCAGCGUCAUAGGUUAACUCCUUUCGCCAACGAGGGAUUGACAGGAUCCGACCGGGAGAAAAGCACACCACAGCACUGUUUUUCGAAGUUUUUUUAUGCUUGUGACUGCCGGCUCCCCGGGAUUAUGUGCACUGAGGAGACGUACUUUUGGGACAUUUAUGCUGUGCUUUUUGCUACUUUUGUCACUCUUCGAUGCGGCGAGGGGAGAUCCCAUUGUCCGCGACUCGGGGAACUCCAUUGUUUACACUCGAUCUGAGCUCCUGGGAAUACGUGACUCUACGCGCUGCGGCUCUGCUCAUCAACAAGCGGAUAAACCGGAGAUACCCGCAGAACUACGGAGGAGGCGGAGGGGAAGCAGAGGCAGCCGGACAAAGCGUGAUCUCAGGGAACGUUAGAUCGAUCGCCAACAAGUCUGACGAGCUGGCAGCGCUAACCCGCUUACAAGGAAGGUACAGAGACGCUAGCAUUAUGUGCUUCACUGAGACUUGGUUGAGUGAAAAUGUCCGAGAUUCUGAGAUCAACCAAACUGGCUUCAAGCUCAUCCGCGCAGACAUAAACUUGGCGGAGAGCGGAAAAAAGAGAGGAGGAGGGCUGGCGAUAUUUGUUAAUGAACGCUGGUGCAAUCCAGCGCACGCACAUAAGAAGCAACAGAUAUGCUGCCCGGAUGUGGAGAUAUUAGUGACGAGCCUAAGACCCUUUUAUUUGCCGCAUGAGUUCAGCCACGUUAUUGCGCUCGCCGUCUACAUCCCACCCUCUGCUGACGCAGCUGUUGCGUGUGAAAAGAUCCACGGAGUCGUCAACAAGCUGCAGAUCAUUCACGCUGACAGAUCAUUCACGCUGCCUCCUGCUGAUAACGGGGGAUUUCAACCACGCGCCCCUCCGCUCCACCCUCCCCACGCUCACGCAGUACGUCACGUGCUCCACAAGAGGAACCAAGACGCUGGACCUCUUCUAUGCUAAUGUUAAUGACGCAUACACCUCCGCCCCCCUCCCCCCACUCGGUCGCUCGGAUUACAAUCUUAUCUCCCUGCUCCCCCAUUACACUCCACUGGUGAGAAGGAUAAUAGCACAGAAGAAGUCGGUGGAAAUCUGGUCAGAUGACGCCACUGAGAGACUUAAGCCGGGCGUACACUGUACGAGUUUUUCAGUCGUGGUAC